UCCCCUGGUCCAUCCCCCUGGUCAGGCCUCUAUAGAAGCCUCAGUCAUUUCUAGUACAUGCAAUCAAUAACUUUCACAACCACCGAAGCCCUCAGAAACGGAACAAUUCUUCUAGUUUGGACACAUCUGUUUCUUUCGGAUUAAAUGACAAAUCAAAUGUCUUAAUUUGACUCGUAUAAGGAGCGGUUUCGGUUUGUAUAAAUUUACGCCUUCAUAAGAACCAGAAACGACAAAUUCUUUGAAUAUGUCAGCUAGUUUAGACCUGUGGAAUAUUCCACUGAGAGCGCUGAAUAUCAACGUGAGAAAAAGAUUGGGACUGUUUUUAAAUCCGAGAAACACUGUGGCAUCAGACUGGAUGUCUGUCGCAGAAAACAUGGGUUUCUCUUAUUUAGAGAUCAAGAAUUACGAGGAUUGCCAGGACCCAACACGGAAGAUUCUAGAGGACUGGCAAGCACGUUGUCCCGGAGCCAAAGUUGGAAAGUUAGUUUCAAUUCUGGAUAAUGUGGACAGAAAGGACGUUGUGGAGGAUCUCCGAGUUCUCAUUGGUAAACCAACGGCUUUUUAUUCCGAAAUUCCAGACAAUGUUUCCCUCAGUCUCUGUCCUGGGGCCCGGAGCAAGCGACUGAUCCCUGUGAAGUAUAGGUCUAUGAAAAAAGCUUUCCCCAGUAUCCUGAGAAUCCUGACGAUGUGUGACUACACACAACCCUGUACAGAGUCCUGGUUCUGGGUCCGGCUGGCCAAGGCCCUCUCCCUGCCCUGAAUGGAUCGUACAGACUUACAGCAACCAAUCAGCACAAGGGGCCUGCCCCUCUCCAGCGGGAACAGGAAGAGUACAUGUCAGCUCGGUGGUACUGUUACUUUACUGGGGACCGUUGAUUGCCACAGUUUAGUUGACAUAUUUUAGAUUGAUUCAUAUUUUAUAUUGAUUCAUAUUUUAUAUUGAUUCAUUUCUUAGUUAGAACAGUUUGUGUAUUGUACAGUUUGUGUAUUGUACAGUUUGUGUAUUGUAGCAGUUUUCUAAACCCACAGAUGGAGUUCUCCUCCUUUUGUCCUCAUCACUGAGAGCCUGAUGGCUCCUUCACUCAUUACUGAUAUAUUGAUUUGGGUUUAAUAUGAGAUUUCAUUCCAUCAAACGUUUUAUAUGUUUUUAAUAUGAUAUUUUAUUCUGAGCCCCAUCGCUCAUAUGGACCAAAUAUCAACCUGAAUGAAUAAAUGCUGUUUUUUUUUUAAAUAUUCAAUUUUUUCACCUGUUAAGAAUAUUGUAUAGAUCAGAUGUCUGCAUGGUUGGCAACACAUUUUACAUUUAUUUAGCUGUUUGUUUAUCUGAUGGGCCGGCUCUUUAGUUUCCACAUCCUCCUUCCUCCUGUCAUGGCGGCCAUAUUGUCUCCUCAGAUGAGAGAUAUCAGCCUGUGUCUUCCUCCUGUCAUGGCGGCCAUGUUGUCUCCUCAGAUGAGAGAUAUCAGCCUGUGACUUCCUCCUGUCAUGGCGGCCAUCUUGUCUCCUCAGAUGAGAGAGAUCAGCCUGUGACUUCCCCCUGUCAUGGCGGCCAUCUUGUCUCCUCAGAUGAGAGAUAUCAGCCUGUGUCUUCCUCCUGUCAUGACGGCCAUCUUGUCUCCUCAGAUGAGAGAUAUCAGCCUGUGACUUCCUCCUGUCAUGGCGGCCAUCUUGUCUCCUCAGAUGACAGAGAUCAGCCUGUGUCUUCCCCCUGUCAUGGCGGCCAUCUUGUCUCCUCAGAUGACAGAGAUCAGCCUGUGUCUUCCCCCUGUCAUGGCGGCCAUCUUGUCUCCUCAGAUGACAGAUAUCAGCCUGUGACUUCCUCCUGUCAUGGCGGCCAUCUUGUCUCCUCAGAUGAGAGAUAUCAGCCUGUGUCUUCCCCCUGUCAUGGCGGCCAUCUUGUCUCCUCAGAUGACAGAUAUCAGCCUGUGACUUCCUCCUGUCAUGGCGGCCAUCUUGUCUCCUCAGAUGAGAGAUAUCAGCCUGUGUCUUCCCCCUGUCAUGGCGGCCAUCUUGUCUCCUCAGAUGACAGAUAUCAGCCUGUGACGUCCUCCUGUCAUGGCGGCCAUCUUGUCUCCUCAGAUGACAGAUAUCAGCCUGUGACUUCCUCCUGUCAUGGCGGCCAUGUUGUCUCCUCAGAUGAGAGAGAUCAGCCUGUGUCUUCCCCCUGUCAUGGCGGCCAUCUUGUCUCCUCAGAUGACAGAUAUCAGCCUGUGACGUCCUCCUGUCAUGGCGGCCAUCUUGUCUCCUCAGAUGACAGAUAUCAGCCUGUGUCUUCCUCCUGUCAUGGCGGCCAUCUUGUCUCCUCAGAUGAGAGAGAUCAGCCUGUGUCUUCCCCCUGUCAUGGCGGCCAUCUUGUCUCCUCAGAUGAGAGAUAUCAGCCUGUGUCUUCCCCCUGUCUUGACACCCUGUUUCAGUGCAGAGCGGAGAGACUGACACCUGGCACAUUCACCACACUUUAUAAAGCUGUAUAAAUCCACCAAUACCAAAAUCUACCAAAACUGUAAGAAAAACAUGUAAAGAAAUGGGAGAAGGACAGGAAGUGAUAAGGGACUUUGUCAGUGAAGUAGCUGGCCAUUUCCAAAUGGACUCGUAGUGGGUUACUCAUGCGCCCUUCUCUGGUAACUAGUGGAUGUAUAUUUUGUGUUUCUUCAUUUCAUCUGCACUGUUUUUCUAUUAAAAAAAAACAUCUUUAUUAAGCUUC